CAUGGACAUCUCUGAUCGUCAACGAAAACGUCGGCGACGUGAUGCCAUCCAUCAACUACAACGUGACGGUAAUGACAAAGUGUCCUACUUCACCAGCGUAAGAACGGACGGACAAGAAGAAAAGUUCGCAGUGUCGAGGGAGAGUCUUUCACAUAUCAGUGACAAAGAGAGACGUUAUGUGGUGAAAGGGCUCACCGCUCUGGCAGGCCUGUCUCACGAAAACAUCGUCGCCUACGUGGACAGCUGGGAGGACGACAGCAACAUCUACCUGGUGACUGAAUUCUGCGAGUACGGAAACCUCGGCGACUAUGUACGACAACGUCCCUCACGUGAGUCUGACGCUACGUACUCUCACUGGUUACUGGACAUCAGCCGAGCUCUUCAGUAUAUACACGAGCGAGGCGUUAUUCAUCGCAAUGUCAAACCGGAGUCUAUCAUGGUGUCACGUCGUUCAUCGCAAACCGUCCUCAAACUGGGACAUUUUCGAAUCCCCAAAGUUCUGGAGUUGGGUUCGAGUGUGACGCAGACUGUACUAGGAACUCCUCGAUUCAUGAGUCCAGAGAUGCAAAACGGAGAGACCUAUAAUGCACAGACAGAUAUCUGGAGUCUAGGUGUGUGUUUCAGCGAUCUCAUCACCGAUCAGUUUAAAACUAGCGGUCCAUCGAAAAACACUGUGUAUGGAAAUGUGCCAGGACUCGAGGAACUAGACAUGCCUGUUAAGAUUAAAUCCACAUGGUGCUCCAAGGGUUUAGCCAGAAUUAUCAACAUGAUGAUUAACAAAGACCAAUCGAAACGGCCAACUGCAGCCAUGCUUGUUGAAGAACUAACUAAACACCUGAAAAACACUCAUUCUGACUUAGAUGACAGGCGCCCAGUGGUACCACCUGAGAUCAUAAGGGUUAAACGUGAGAAGACUAAAACAGCACCUCAGGAAGAAGACAUGUACCAUAGUAAGGACAUGGUUGUUACACGUAUAAAGAAAUGUAAGGUUACAAGUGUGUCAUCUAAAAGGGAAGAAGCUAAAUGUGUAAAGCCUGGUAAUGAACGAAUUGUUUCAUCCGAAGAAGUGGUUAAAUGUGUGAAUAACAAAAACAGUAAAGGCGUGCCACCUACAGAAGAAGAAGGAUUUAAGCGUACGAAAAGAGAAGAGAUUAAAUGUGUAAAGUCUGAUAAUGGACAAGUUUUGUUACCUAAAGCAGAAAGUUGUAAAUGUGUGAAGAACAGUGAGGGUGAAAGUGUGUCAAGUAAAGGUGAAGAGAUUAAAUCUGUGAAGAAGAGUAAGAGUAAAGAUGUGUCAUAUGAGAGAGAAAGGGUUAAAUCUGCGAAGAAGAGAAAAGAUACAGGUGUGCCAUCUGAUAGAGAAGUGAUUGCCUGUGAAACAGUCCCAGGUUUUUCAUCCGAGACAUACCAACCUACUUGUUGCGAUAAGUCCAAAAGGUCGAGGAAACGUACAAUACCACAUACGGUGACAUUUCGACUUGGUAUCGAGGAAAUUGAUAGAUUCAGCGAAGACAUCAUUUCGUCCGACUCUAGUUUAACUUCUUUGGAAUCGUCGAGGAGUACAAAGGAUAAAGAGGAGCUCCUUCACUCUGGAACUGGUUCAAAGAACACGGGCAGAUGUACAAAGCAGCGUGAAGCCACAGACCAGCAGCGAGGGAGAACUGACAGCUUCCCUGAACCUGUCGAGGAGAAGCAAGGAAGAAAUAAGGUUUGCUCGGAUCACCUUUCACGGAAGACAGGUGAAUUAGAAGAUCAGCGUUUGCAUAGUGCUGAGACAAAACUCGCCUUGGACACGGACGAUUUAAAAUUGUCAAAUCUGAAUUCUGGUACAAUCUUUUCUGGAUAUGGGACCUCCAGGUCUGACAGCUUGAAAUUUUCUAAUCUCGAAAGUGGGUAUGAGGCUGAUAUUAGUAGCCUCGCCUUUGAGACAGAUGACAAACGAUUGUUCACUCAUGUUCAUGAUUCGAAACGAAGAACGAAGCCUAGAUCCGUUAGCCGACCUCAACAGUCAACUAGCACUGCAGGCCCAGUCCUCAAGUACAAAUAG